AUGCUGCGCUUCACCGCUCUCUGCACAGCCGCGCGUCCGCUUGCUCACUCACGUACGCUCUCCUCGCGCGCCUCGUCCGUCCUCUCCUCGCUCGACGUCCCCACCUCGGGACAGCCGAUAAAUGGCGUCUUCUACGACGCUGCCGUGGGCUGGACAGGUUCAGGCGAACUGCAACGCUCGACAAACCCAGCGACGGGAGAAGUACUGGCCGAGGUGCGCACGGCUUCGAAGGAGGACGUCCACAAGGUUUUGAGGGCUUCGAGGAGGGCGUACGAGAGUUGGAGGACUGUGCCGGCUCCCAAGCGCGGUGAGGUGCUGAGGCAGAUUCGUGUGGCGAUGAACGAGCGCAUCGAGGAUUUGGGCAAGCUCGUCAGCCUCGAGAUGGGCAAGGUCCUGUCUGAGGGCCGCGGCGAAGUGCAAGAGUUUGUCGACGAGAUGGACCUCGCCGUCGGACUGAGCCGGUCAAUCGGCGGCACAGUCGUCCCCUCCGAGCGCGGUCGACACUUCAUAACCGAAGUCGCGAACCCUCUCGGCGUCGUCGGCGUCAUCACAGCCUUCAACUUUCCCUCCGCCGUCUUCGGGUGGAACUUCUCGCUGUCGUUCAUCACCGGGAACGCGACCGUUUGGAAACCCGCGCCGACGACUCCACUCACCGCCAUCGCCUCGAUCAAGAUCAUCCAGGAGGUCCUCGCGGCUAACAAGCUCGAUGGUGCUUUGGCGGCCCUCGUCUGCGGCGGAGGAGAGGCUGGCGAGGCGCUCGUGACGGACAAGCGGGUGGACCUUCUCAGCUUUACCGGAUCCGAAGCGCGAGGGAGGGACGUCUCGAUGAAAGUGGCGAGUCGGUUCGGUCAGAGCCUGCUCGAGCUCGGAGGGAACAACGCCGCCAUCGUCUUGCCGGACGCGAACCUUCCUCUCGCCCUUCGAGCAGUCACCUUUGCGGCGCUCGGCACGUCCGGCCAGCGCUGUACCUCAACUCGCAGGCUGUUCCUCCACUCGUCCAUUGCGUCGCACUUCAUCUCAUCCCUCACCGCGGCGUACAAGUCGAUUAGCCCGUCGCGGAUGGGCGACCCGCUCGAUGGCAAGACGCUUGUCGGGCCGCUGCACACGCGCGACAGCGUCAAGCGCUUCGAGCAGGCUGUCAAGACGGCCAAAGAGCAGGGUGGCGAGGUUCUGAUCGGUGGGAAUGUCGUCGAGAUGCAGGGCGAUUUGGCGGGCGGGAACUGGGUCGAGCCGACUAUCGUCCUCGUCAAGGACGUCAACCAGGUCGCCAUCAUGAAGCAAGAGACCUUUGCUCCGAUCCUUUACGUCUCGACUUUCGACUCGCUCGAGGAGGCUAUCGCGCUCAACAACUCGGUCGAGCAAGGACUGUCGACGUCGCUUUUCACGAAGGACCUGGGCGCGGCGAUGCAGGUUAUCGGCCCCGCCGGCGCCGACUCGGGUAUCAUCAACGUCAAUUCGUCGACGAGCGGAGCAGAGAUCGGUGCGCCCUUUGGCGGGAACAAGUCGAGUGGAUGGGGCCGCGAGAGUGGCGGAGACGCAUGGAAGCGCUACUGCAGGUGGUCGUCGUGCACGCUCAACUACUCGGACGAGUUGGGUCUCGCGCAGGGCGUUACGUUCGACUGA